GCUACAGCCAAUCCCAACUCCGAGAAAGGAAACGUCGUUGACCCCACACUCACAGUCAUUCACAGCUCCCGGUUUAAACGGCUGGAAUAUCGGUAAAUUAUUUAAACAUCUCAAAUACCCUCCUCCCACAAAAUCUCAAACCUCUCUUCAAAAAAAAAAAUUAAAAAAAAAAAAUCCAAACAAUGUCUCUGUAAAUCAAGAGCAAUCCUUCUUCUGCAGGCCGCAGUAUCCAGCCCCCCGAAAUCUACGGACGAAGAACCCCUGGCCUUUCGAUCAGAUCCACGAACACCUGACCUGCAUUGCCCCGAUCCGAUCGGGAAUUCCAAAUUCCGAUUCGUUUUCACCUUCUUUUGCACCGCAUUGCAGAUUUGAGGGUGGAAUUUGGUUGCGAGUUGGUUGAGAUUUCAAAUUCCUCGGUCUCCGAUUCUCGAUUCGGUCGGGUUUUGAAGGGAUGGCGUCGAUGAGCGAGGAGCUGGCGGAGAUCGACGGGCAGAUCGCAGAUAUUUUCCGUGCUCUAUCAAAUGGAUUUCAGAAAUUGGAGAAGAUUAAGGACUCCAACAGGCAGAGUAGGCAGUUAGAAGAACUCACGGGGAAGAUGCGGGAGUGCAAGAGGCUUAUUAAAGAGUUUGAUAGAGAGGUGAAGGAUUUGGAGUACAAAAAUGAUCCGGACACGAACAAGAUGCUGAAUGAGAAAAAACAAUCAAUGGUCAAAGAGUUGAAUUCAUAUGUUGCUCUGAAAAAGCAAUAUGCAAGCAAUCUUGACAACAAGCGAGUUGAUCUGUUUGAAGGGCCUGGCGAAGGGUUGGCUGAGGACAAUGGCUUGCUAGCUUCAUCCAUGACAAAUCAACAGUUGAUGGAUAAUGGGAAUCGGAUGAUGGAUGAGACAGAUCAAGCGAUUGAGAGGUCAAAAAAGGUCGUAAAUGACACAGUUAAUGUAGGAACGGAAACUGCAGCAGCUCUGAAGGCACAGACUGAGCAAAUGAGUAGGAUUGUGAAUGAGCUGGAUUCUAUCCAUUUCUCAAUCAAGAAGGCUUCUCAACUUGUGAAGGAAAUCGGUAGGCAGGUUGCUACUGAUCGGUGUAUUAUGGCUUUGCUCUUCCUUAUUGUAAUUGGAGUCGUAGCCGUCAUUAUUGUAAAGCUUGUGAAUCCGCACAACAAGGACAUUCCGGAUAUUCCAGGAUUAGCCCCUCCUGUUCAAAGUCGAAGAUUGCUUUGGCAUCCCAUUUAAAAGCAUUAUACAAGGUGAUUGGACGGUCUAUAAGUUAAUUGGAUCGAUCAGAGUUUGGCUCCUGUCACUUCGAACCAACCAUUUGAUGGAUAAAGAUAACCGAAAGAAGUGUAUUUGCCUGGUAGGCCGAGUUUGCCGAGUGCUGGUUUCCCAUACGCGUUGUUGUAUUGAGUUGAGUAUUCUUGAAUUCAUAUGUAUGUUUUUUGUGUUUACGACAUUUCCCCCUCAAAUCCUAUCCCCCAUUUGUGUGAGGGAUACAUGACAUAUUGUACACUAUGCUUGCCAUUGUAUUUGUUCAUUCCCCACCCUUCAAGUUGUUACUCAAUCCUUAAUUUAACGAUUUGUUUGUGAAGAAUCGAAGAGUUAAAUGAUUUGUUUGUGAAUCCUAUUUUCAUCGAGAUAUUGAUACCA